CCGUCCGUGGGAGCAAGAGCUGCCGGGGAAGGAGGGAAGGAGGGAGGAUGGAGAAGGGGGACUCCGAGGGCGGCUGCGGCUGCAAAGGGAUCCGCCGCUGCCUCCGCUGCGAGGCCGCCCCGCCUCCCGAGAAAGCCGCAAACUUCACUUACUGCCCGAGGACUGGCUUUGCUUUGGGGGAGAAGCAUUCGGCAUUCGCAGGCUGGGCUUUUCCGUUUCCCGGAGUGUGUUUGCUGGAAGACUUUGUCAGCGCAGAGGAAGAAGACAAAAUGGUUGCGCUCAUGGACCAGGACCCUUGGAAGCCAUCGCAGUCGGGCCGACGGAAGCAGGACUACGGCCCGAAAGUGAAUUUCAAGAAGCGCAAGUUAAAAGCCGACGGUUUUGCUGGGUUGCCCAGCUUCAGCCGGGAGAUCGUCAAACGGAUGGGCGAUUUCUCCGUCCUCGAGGGCUUCUCUCCUGUGGAGCAGUGCAACUUGGAUUAUGGGCCCGAGAGGGGAUCUGCUAUCGACCCACAUUGGGACGACUGGUGGCUCUGGGGUGAGCGCCUGGUCAGCUUAAACUUGCUUUCGGCGACCGUGCUUUCCAUGUCUUGCGACUUAGACGACCCCCUCCAGUUAUUUCCUGACCAUCUCCGACAGAGUGAGCAAACACCCAGCUCUGGAUCCCUUGACACCUUUCAGGUUCCUCGGCACCAAACACCUUCUCCGGCUGAAGAAUUUGGCAGCACCACAAAGCGGGAAGCCGACGGGCCUUUAUCCACACGGUCAGUUCCUUCCAGAGAGGUCAUAGUUGCUAUCCACCUGCCUCGAAGAUCACUGGUGGUUUUGCAUGGGCCUGCUCGCCACAGGUGGAAACACGCCAUUUACCGCAACCACAUCACAAGCCGGCGCAUCUGCAUCACAUUCAGGGAAUUGUCUGCAGAGUUUAGCCUUGGAGGAAAGCAGGAGGAACUGGGUAAAAAACUCCUGGGGGUGGCUCUGACAUUCCAGGGAAGACCUGUAUAAGCUUUUUGGGGGGGAUCUGUGGCUUCUUUUGCUGCUUACAGGGAGAAAGAAACGCAAAAAGGGUUUUACAAAACAGAAAGAAGACUUCCAGCCACAUCUAAUUUCCCAGUAGAUGAGGGGCCUCCAUCCUGUAGUUUGGGUUUUGCUCCUCCCUGUCAUGUAAGGAAUACUUAGUAAGGUGAUGAGGAACUUGUAACACUUCAGAUGUUGUCGUAUUACAACUCACAUCAGCUCAAGGCCCCAUAGCCAGUGAUAAGGAAUGGUGGGAGUUGCAACCUCCCUCCCAAUCUGGAGGGUCUUAGUUUUCCCCAUCCGUGUUUUAAUAUAUAGCCAUGGAAGCCCAAGGCUCACAAUUUGAAAGCUUCUGCAAGAUGUUUACCACGUUUGAGUGUCUCAUGAGGCACCCAAGAGAGAUAAAAAACCUCCACAUAUAACAGCAGUCAGUGAAAACCAGUAAGAAAAUUGGGUAGACUAUUGCUUAACCUGCUUUUCUUUACCUCUGGAGCCAUUUUUUAAACAUUGAAAAUGGAAAACUCAAGGCAGAGAUCUGGAGCAGCCCUUGAAGGCACUGUAUUCUCUCUCCACAGUGAUACCUUUGACAGGGUUAUGGCAGGAAACGUCGAAACCAUAGUACAGUUAACAACAACAACAUGCUUGUAUGCAAAAUACCUGUGCCAUAAGGAGGAACAACCCUUUUAUUCUGGGCCUGACAGGCAUUGUUUAUCUCUGAAGGUGGGUUGUUUUAACUGCCGGAGACAAGUGGCUGUGAAGGCGGGUUCCAAGUGUGUUAUGUACUGAUAGAAGAUUGGGGAAGUGUGAUCAGUGGGUUGUUGAAAGUGGCGGUUAGGCCAGAUCGAUGGUGGGGCACUGGGCAUUUUGAGUCUGCCUGAGGGGAUGAGAAGGCAAGACCCAGAGCCCUUCAGGGCAGAAGAUCCAGGAGAAGGCUUAAGACGGGAUGGAGCAGCAGAGAAAGCUAAGGCUAAGCUGAGAAAAGGCUGUGGAAGAAAAGGGAAGGCAGUGUUCGGACAUUAAGGGUUUGAGACAUUGGCAAUGGCUUUAAGACGCUGGUGAUGGUUUCCUUCGCUGUACCCGAAGGAAGCCUUUGGGGAUGAACUCAAGAAGCUGUGAGGAUUCAGGACACGAUAAACCCAUGACUGUGAUUUCAUAAAACUGCAGAGUCGGAAGAGACCCCAAGGGCCAUCCAGUCCAACCCCAGCCAUGUGGGAACACCGAAUCGUAGCACAUUGAUUUGACUAAAAUGGAUAAAUUGAUUAUAAUGAUCAAUCGGGGAAUGGAGCUAGAGCUUCUUAACUGGUGAAGCUGGUUAAAACAAUGUUGAUAUCAAUACUUUAAGAGAUAACGGUGAAUACGCUAAAAGAUUUAUCUUAAAUUGCUUAAGAAUAAAGAAAUAUAGAUUUAAUUUACCUCGU